AUGACUGAAAAGUUAUCAAAGAGGGGUGUUGAGAUGACCUGCAGCACAUGUCACAACAAGGGUCAUAAUAAAAGGAGUUGUCCAUUGAAUUCAAGUUCCACUAGAACUAGUGUGGCUUCUUCUUCAGCAGCACCAAGCACGAGUAAAAGAAGAGGAAGACCAAAAGGAUCUACAAAGGCUGCUGCUGGUAGAGGAAAAGAAUCACCUGCAGCAACUGCUGCUACUGUGGGUGUUGAUAGAGGAAAAGAAAUUGCAACUUGUGUUGUUGAUAGAGCUAUUGGUAGAGGUAGAGAAACUGGUACUGCAGUUGUUGGUGGAGUUGGUAGAGGUAGAGGAGAUGGUGCUACAGUUUUUUAUAAAGCUGGUAGAGGUAGAGGAGCUGGUGCUGCAUUUUUUGGUGGAACUGGUAGAGGUAGAGGAGCUGGUGCUGCAGUUGUUGGUGGAGUUGGUAGAGGUAGAGCAACUGGUGCUGUAGUUGUGGGUGAAACCGGUAGAGGUAGAGGAGCUGGUGCUCUUGAUUGUACUGGUAUAUCAAGAGGAGAUGGUGUCACUGGUGCUAACAAAGGUAGAGAGAUAGCUUAUAAAAGGCCUAGGAUGCCUGGAAUGCCUAUGAACUCCACCAUAGUGACUAGAAAUCUUGGAUAUCACAAACCAACCUCAGGUGUGAAAUGGAAAGGAAAGAAAGCUGUGACCCAACAAGGACUUGAAGACAUAAGAGCACAGAAAAUGAUGAGGACAAGCUAUGACUGCACUAAUUUGACAUGUUUUGAAAACAAUGAUGCAGUAGUGACUGUAUUUUUGGCUAAUGUUUUUGUGAAAAUAUCAGCAACUGUGACUGCAUUUUUUUAG